AUGAUACAAUUCUUUAUUCCUUUGUUGGUUUCGUGUGGAUCACUUUGUUCAUUGGCAACCACUAUCGGACCUCAACAACAGAAUAACAGCAGCUUGAAAAAUUCAUGUGGGGUAAGUCAUAGUAGUUAGGAAAAAGUGUAAAAGAGCUAAGGCGCGUAGAAACAAAUCAAUUUCGUUUAAAUCGUACUGGAGUAUUGCUUGUAGGGAACUUCAUUUCUUUAUAUCAGGAUUGUACACAAGGCAAAAUUUAAUCCAUUACUUUCUUUGGAGCAUCUAAGUUUCUCUUUAAGUGAGGGCUCAGAUCUUGCAGUUAGGCGCACGAGAAGCCAUUACCAGGAUCACAGAGGAAUUUUUUUCGGCACAAGUCUGGGAUAGCAGGGUGGCUAAUUACAAAAGUGUCUCUUUUCCCAGUAUUACCCUACCUUGAUAUUGGGUUUCUAUCUAACCGCGCUGGCUGGGUUGUCAUGUUACUGAUGUAAUNCAUUGGCAACCACUAUCGGACCUCAACAACAGAAUAACAGCAGCUUGAAAAAUUCAUGUGGGGUAAGUCAUAGUAGUUAGGAAAAAGUGUAAAAGAGCUAAGGCGCGUAGAAACAAAUCAAUUUCGUUUAAAUCGUACUGGAGUAUUGCUUGUAGGGAACUUCAUUUCUUUAUAUCAGGAUUGUACACAAGGCAAAAUUUAAUCCAUUACUUUCUUUGGAGCAUCUAAGUUUCUCUUUAAGUGAGGGCUCAGAUCUUGCAGUUAGGCGCACGAGAAGCCAUUACCAGGAUCACAGAGGAAUUUUUUUCGGCACAAGUCUGGGAUAGCAGGGUGGCUAAUUACAAAAGUGUCUCUUUUCCCAGUAUUACCCUACCUUGAUAUUGGGUUUCUAUCUAACCGCGCUGGCUGGGUUGUCAUGUUACUGAUGUAAUCAGCAAUUAACGUGCAGCGAUCGUGGUAAAGCAAGCACUCCAGAUUCUAAAAACCGAGCCAUCCUGACUCAUGCUGAUCUGUCCCUAUAAACAGUGAAUGCAAGCGGAGGAAAAUAAGUCGGGCGUUUCAAUAAUUCCCUUCAAGAGUAAAACAGUAGGGAAGGUAAAGGUAUUAUAAAAAUGCUCUCCCUUGAAAGAAGUAGUGGAAAUUUAUUUCUAGGUUUCCCGCAAGAACGAUAGCUAGGCUAGGAGCAAAUCUAGGUUAGCUUGCGAUAUAAUCCACGUAAACCUUACCUUUCAUUUUGGUGUUAAUAUUCAGCGAACAACAUUUUUAUGUCGGUACCUUCAUUAGCCGCGAAACUCCUGCUUUAACUGCUUUAUUAUACUUCUAAAAUUGUCCGAUUCGUAUUUGAUUUUGUGGAAUUUAAAGGGACAGGUUCACGGUUAAGAGCAUGCUCAUUAUUAAAUUCCCGGAUUAAAUUACGUUUUUCCAAUUUAUUAUUAAUUCUAUCGGUUAAUAAUCCCACUCAUACGUAUCUCAGCGAUCUCAGAGUGUAUUUCAAAGUAACCUGAAGUAGGAUGGAGGAGUACCAAAAUCGCAGAAAAGUCAAUGGAUUAUGCCAACACUACCAACGUUGAAUUCAUUGUUGACGCGACGGUUUUAUCUCAUGGUUGAUUAAUUUACAGCUAUUUGCAAUUAUUUAAGUUGAUCAAGUGCAGGUGUCUGUCAGGGGAGUAUGCAGAUUGGUUCUUUGACAACAUUAUGACAUGAUCACAUUGCUUGCAUAGACGAUACAGCACGUCCCGACAACCAAACAGCAUUUUGAUAAAUGAGCAUGCGCUGAACCGUGAACCUGUCCCUUUAACCGACGCUUUUUUUCCUUGUUUUUCUUUGUUCUUUAUAGAAAUUCAUAAAACGACGUGGCUUUCCAGGUAUUCCAGGAUCAAAUGGUAUGCCAGGAAUGCCUGGUAUGCCUGGAAUGCCAGGGCCGCAAGGUCCACAGGGAAAAGAAGGAGCAAAAGGUCAGACUGGUGACAAGGGAGCGAAAGGUUUUAUGGGAUCAAAAGGAGAGAGAGGCCACGAAGGACUUCACGGGAAGAGUGGCCCGCCAGGAAUUAUGGGAAUGAAAGGAGAGCCGGGAUCUGUUGGAGCUGCAGGAAAGAAAGGAGACAAAGGACAGAAAGGAGAACGUGUGGACUGUAGUUUCGCUGGUCCCGUGCCACAAACUAACUGGAAACAAUGCGUGUGGAAAACAGGCGAUUUAACCGAUGAUGGGAAAAUAAAGGUAAGAGAUAAGGACUUUAAACCCUUUAAACCCUAAAAUGAAAAUUCAGAUUCUCAUUUCUCAUUUCGCUAUACGUUUCCUAUAGAAGUAGUAGGGAGAAGAUAUUGAAGUAUCAAUUAGAUUCACCUUCUUUGAUCACUUCUUUAAUUCUCAUGACCAUUCUAUUUUACAAGGCAGUAAAAUUACAUAGGGAAAAUUUAUGCACAUCACACUUUUAAGGGCUUUUAAGCCUUUCAAAAGGGUUAGCUAAAGCCUAUUCCUGUCUGUAACCACGUGACAAGGCAGCCCUUUUGGUUGUGUGUUGGUGGUCAAUACAAUAGAAUUUUUUCUCGAAGAAGUUACAUGAAAAUAGGGUUUAGUUCCCAGUUUGUUCUUAACCCUGUCUCACCAUCAACUUGGCCGCCGUGAUGUCACGUGUAAACCAGCAAUAAGUAAGAUACCUCACGUUGUAUGAAUUCAAAGUGAAGUUCUUUGUUUAUUUUUGGUCCAGGAAUGCUCGUUUACAAAGCUGCAUUGUGAUUCAGCACUCAAAGUCUCAUUCCAGGGAAACACGAGAGUCAAUGGCGCUGGCAACAAAUGUAAUAGGUGGUACUUCAAGUUCAAUAAUGAGGAAUGCAGUGGACCAAUGACAAUUGAGGCUGUCGUUUACAGUAAAUGGCCAUCCGGAAAACCGAAUCUGCUGCAUCACCGAUCAUUUGAGGGCUACUGUGAGAAUAUUCCACGGGGAGAAGUAACAGUGGAAUUGUGGGUAGGCCAAUGUGAUGGUGGCUAUACCUUGGGUGAAGCUACUACUGGCUGGAAUUCAGUGUCCCGGAUAAUGAUUGAAGAAGUACCCAGGCCCCAGUCUUAA